GACAAAAAAGUUUGCAUGCUUGAGUCGCAGAUGGUGGAAUAAAGCGUGAAAAUUCGGAUGUUGGAAGACGCAAUACUUCAGUUACAGACAACAAAGAAUGAGACAGUAUUAAGCCCAGCAACUGGAAACAUGAACAUAAAAAUGACGGAAACAUCUGAAACUUCGAAGUUGAAAGAAGCCAUAGAGCGUCCGAACGUCGAUUCCAAGCAUUCGGAUAAUAAAAGGAAAGAAGAAUCUCACACAUCAAAAGAUACAGGAUCUGGAAUGAGGAUGCUCAUUGACUCAUAUUGCCUUUCGGACGAGGAAGAGUUGAUCUCACCUGAUUCUUCACCGAUCUCAUUACGUGUGACUCCAGAGAAGCAACUGAUGACUCCUGAUCUAAAAAGAAAUCUACAUACUCCAGGAUGGAAGACUCCGGAAUGGGUUUAUAACUCAUUUCUGAGUCACAAUAAAGUUGUAAAUUCAUGUGAAGACCCAUUUGAGUUUCCUCAUACCUCCCCCAGUUACGAGAACAAGCCGAAAAUGGAUUUUUUUCUAUGCGGGAAAAUCUGCAUCGUGGAAGAAAACGAAGACUCAACAGAGGUGAUGAAAAAAGAAUAACCUUCCCACAAAUUCGGGAAAUAAAGGUUCUGUCAGUUGCAAAUAUCACCGAGACUCAUAAGAGUAGAAACUUCGACCAGGAAGAUGUGAAAUCAAACAUACGAACAAUCAAACAUGAACGCUGGG